AUGGCCCCACCGCCUCAAAGCCCUGCGGCAGACUCCCAUGCCUCUCAAACACCACCCAACUUCCUGGGUUACUUGAACCCAGAGGCGGUUUUGAGAGAGCAAGUCCAUGGUGAGCGUGGAAAGCCAGCCCAAUCGCCAAGCAUCCCACCAAUCGGUCAGUGGAUAGAAGAGAGGGAUCAAAGGCCGCUGUCGACGCAAGGAGGCUCUACAUCAUCGCGCAUCAAUGAGACAGGUCCGCACUCCACUCAAGAGGUAAAAGUCUCUAGAGCCCUUCAGCAGUACUUAGACGCUGUAGGUGUAGACAUCCUCCCUCCACGCAAGAGCCAAGAUGUCCUCCUCGACAUCUACUUCUCCUACGUGCACCCACUGCUGCCGCUUGUCGACCAGGAGCUUUUCCUAGAACAGUAUCGGCAUGGCCGGGAGUCGCGGAUCCUCAUGCAGGCGAUAUGUAUUGUCGCUUCGAAGCAUGCAAACGCGAAGGACUUGCUGGUUCUUGACGAAGAUCAGCAGUUGCUCACGCCAAGAGAGUUCUCGCAGAGAUUGUAUAAUGCGGUGAUCAUUGGCAUAGAAGCCAAAUUGGAGAAGAAUCGCGUGGUUCUUAUCCAGGUACUGGCACUGAUAUCAUUACAUUGCGAAGGAGCAGAUGGUGCCGAACAAGCUUCCAUGCACCUGGCGCAAGCCAUCCACCACGCGCACACGUUCGGUUUACAAUUUGGGCAUCAGUGGAAGAACCAGAGUUCAGAAUCGCAGGGCAACCUUGAAGACGUCUUCUGGUGUUUAUGGAGUCUUGAUAAGAUCAAUGCUUGCAUGAAUGGACGGCCAUUACUUAUGCACGAUCGAGACAACAGUUUGAGGCAGUUACCGUCAGAUCCCGAGAAGAGGUCAAGUCCAUUUGGUAUAUGGUUGCAGAUCUCCGAGAUGCUGGAUAAGGUCAUCGACUACUACAGACCCGGGCGAUCUGCAGAAGAGACUGGCUGGGAAGGCGACGACUUCCUCGGUUUCGAAGAGAUGGUAGGUGACGGCGAGGAUAAGCUCGAAGGCCCCAUCAUGACUCUCAGCGUCGUAUACCGCCACUUCCGCUCCCGCCGCCUCAAAGUCCACGUAAACCGCGCAACCGAAGAGCUCAAGCAAUGCGUGCACCUCCUGGACCGCCUUCGCAACUCCUGGUGGUCCGCCGGCACAAUGGCUGAUCUCGGCCGCGCCGUACUUAGCAACGCUGCUGGGCGCAACACGAAUGCAGCCAACACGCCCGCUCCAGAACCCCGCAUGAGCGAAACGAAGACCGAGCCACCGACACCAACUGCUUCGCAUCAUGACGCCCCACCGCUUUUGAAUCGCUCGCAAUGGCCUCACCAACCUGCGUUGGACAAUCAGAUUGACCCGCGGCUUCAACACCCAUCUCAUCCCUCGACGCCAAUGACACAUCUACUUAAUUCUAUAUCUGCACCUACGCCCGGCCAGCAUCCCACGAGCAGUGAGCGCGCAGAGCGAGCGCCGAUGCAAGCUCCACCCGGCGGCUUUGGGUUUACAGAGACGUCGCCGGACUGGCUGAACUUUGAUGCUGCGUUUGAGAACUUCGAGGGCUUGCUUGGGAGCAGUGGCGCGGAUUUGAGCAAUGAGUUGUUCAGGCCGUUGGGGUAUGAGGCGUAUGAGGGGUUUAUGGAUCCCGCGGCGUGA